ACAACUUAACCUCUCUCUCUCUCUCUCUCUCUCUCUCUCUCUCAGUUGUUGUUGUUUUUGGACUUCAAGUUUACUAAACGGUGCCGUUUGAGAUCAUGGGUCAGGGAAGAGGCAGUGCAGGAGUUGGUGUGGUUAUGGUGAUGUGCCUGAGUUUGCUGCUGCUCCAUUGUGAAUGGGCUGAAGCCAGAAGCUACACUGUUGGGGAUGCGGGUGGUUGGUCGCCUAACGUUGCUGGGUGGCCUAAGGGGAAGUCAUUUAGAGCCGGUGACGUGCUUGUUUUCAACUACGCGCCUUCUGCUCACAAUGUGGUUGCUGUGAACAAGGCUGGGUAUCAGACAUGUAGCACUCCAAGAGCUGCCAAAGUCUUUCAGACUGGAAAAGAUCAGAUCAAGCUUGCUAAAGGACAGAACUUCUUCAUUUGCAGUUUCCCAGGCCACUGCCAAUCUGGCAUGAAAAUUGCCAUCACUGCAGCCUAGGCUUAUCUCAUAUAUAUAUAUAUAUUAUAAUCGCUAUAUAUCCGGUAUACUUCUAUAUAGCUGGAUCUAUUGUGAGUUUCACUACUACUUUGUGAUGAAGAAAUAAUAGGUCAGUGGUAUUGCUGUUGGCAUGCGAA